AGCCCUGCAGCCACCGCCGCUCCAGCCUCACUCGUGGUUCCCUCAGCUCUCCCAGCACCAUGAAGGUCCUUGCAGCUACCGUGGCUGUUCUGCUCCUUGUGGCCAUCUGCUCCCUGGCUGAGGCUGCUCCUGGAGACUCCAGUAUUGGCACACCAUUCCAGCAGCGAGACAUCAUCCCCACCUCCUGCUGCUUAAAGUACGUGUCACGUGCCGUUCCACGCAGAAUGAUCGUCUCUGCCCACUGGACCAGUGACACCUGCCCACAACCAGCUGUGAUCCUGGUCACCAGGAACGGGAAGGCACUGUGUGCAGACCCUGAGGCACACUGGGUGCAGCGAUAUCUGAAGCACCUAGAGGUACAGAAGAAUUGACUCUUCCCCACUGCUGCCCCAGUGCAAUGAACUCAGCCUCCAGCACCAGACAAGGAACAAGAAUGCUUGAGCUGCAUCCCUCUUCAAUGGGAAAUUUUAUUACAGUCUACAUACAUUCGCAAACUAAAUUUUGCUUGCUAGAGUGAAAAUACAAGAGCUAUUAACAUGC